AUGGUCAACAAUUUGAAGCAUCAUAUACGCACCACCAGCUACCAUCCCGCUUCUAAUGGGAUGGUGGAGCGUUUUCAUAGGCAACUAAAGGCCGCAUUGCGCGCCUCGCCCAAUCCGCAGUCAUGGACUGAAUUUCUUCCUGUUGUCCUACUUGGAUACCGGACUGCGGUUAAAGCAGACCUUGGUUUUUCUGCAGCAGAAUUAUUGUAUGGUACCACACUGGCAUUGCCUGGUACGAUGUUGAUACCAGACAAAUUACAGCCUCCAAAUCUAGCGUCCUAUGUCACUCGAUUACGAGAUUAUUUUUCUAACCUUCCUACUAUGAGUCCCCGGCAACAAUCUCCACCUUCUAGACUGCCAUCAGACAUUGAUUCUUGGACACAUGUGUUUGUUAGGGAUGAUUCUGUCAGAGGACCCCUUGUUUCUCCUUAUAAAGGACCCUUUCGUGUGCUCUCUCGCACACCCAAAUUUUUCAAAAUAGACGCUAAUGGUUGUACGGAGACCGUGUCUGUUGACCGUCUGAAGAAAGCGUAUUUUGAUAAAACUACAUCUUCCGUUGACAAUACUGACAUACCCCCUUUUCAACCUUUGCAUACACCUUUGUCAACACCAUCACCAACGCAUACACCUUUAUCAUUACCAUCACCAACACAUACACCUGUGAAAACUCCACCUUCAUUGUUGAGAACUACCACAAGUGAACCCUAUGUCACUAGGUCUGGCCGUACAAUGCACUGGCCGAAGAAACUCUCCAAGACAAUUUAUAUUUGA